AUGCACGCUGCAAAAUCUCUCCUGUGCCUCGGCCUCACCUUUCUCUGCGCAGCUACCAUUGCGAACGCUGUUUACGUUAUCGAAGACACCUACGACACUAAAAACUUCUUUUCAGAGUUCGAUUUCUUCGUCGACCAAGAUCCAACAGAGGGCUUUGUGAAGUACUCCAGCGCUGAAACUGCCAAUACUAGCAGCUUAGCUGGAUACGUCAACGAUGCAGUCUUCUUGGGCGUUGACUACACCACUGCCAACCCACCUUCAGGCCGCAAGUCAGUCCGUGUUAGCUCGAAGAAAGCCUACACACAUGGACUUAUCAUGGCGGAUAUUGCCCACAUGCCAGAUUCGACUUGUGGGAACUGGCCGGCAUUUUGGACAGUAGGAGCUGACUGGCCCACCAACGGAGAAAUUGACAUUUUGGAGGGUGUCAACGAUGAUACGACCAACCACAUCACCCUCCAUACCUCACCAGGUUGCAUGCUCAAUAGUUCUGGAGCAUUGUCCAGCUCGUCUCUUAGUACGUCGGACUGCAAUGCCGGAAAUGCUGGAGAGGGCUGCUCCAUAUCGACAACCAACAACCAAAACUACGGAACUGGUUUCAACGCUAUUGGCGGUGGAGUUUAUGCUAUGGAAUGGACGUCCUCGGCAAUCAAAGUGUUCUUCUUCGCACGCGGUGCUAUCCCAGCCGACAUCAUAUCAGGAAGUCCUGACCCAACGACCUGGGGAACCCCCGUUGGAUCCUUCAGCGGGACCGGAUGCUUGAUCGACUCGCACUUCAAGGACCAUAAGAUAGUGAUAAACAACACCUUUUGUGGCGCCUGGGCAGGUCAAGUGUGGAACCGAAGUUCCUGCAGUCGAGUUGCGCCUACCUGCGAGGCUUAUGUUGCAGCACAUCCGAAGGCUUUCGCUCAGGCAUACUGGCUGGUAAACUCUGUGAAGGUGUACCGACAAGAUAUGGCAGCUGUGAAGAGAGGGAUACCAUUGAGGUAUUGA